CACAGGGUAUUAUUCACUUUUCAUACUAGCUGGAAGUGCACACCUCACACCAGAUUACAGAUUGAUAGCUGAAUGGCUUGCUGUGUCCAUCAAACAAUGCUCAACGUAAGGCCAGCUUACACAGUCUUCUUGCUUUCUGGACUUGCUCUGCUAGGGUGCUGUGAAGGUUGGAAAUAUUUCUAUUCAGAAGACACAAUGGACUAUGAUCAUGCAAGAAAAUGGUGCACAGAAAAUUACACAGACAUGGUGGCCAUCCAAAACCAGGAAGAAAUUGAAUAUCUCAACAAAGUGAUUCCACGUAUGAAGGUUUAUUACUGGAUUGGCCUCAGGAAGAUAGAUGGCAUCUGGACUUGGGUAGGGACCAAGAAACCCUUAGUGAAAGAGGCAGAAAACUGGGCCUCUAGGGAACCAAAUAACCAAAAGUUAGGGGAGGACUGUGUAGAAAUCUACAUCAAGCGGGACACAGAUCAAGGAAAGUGGAAUGAUGAACUCUGCACCAAAAAAAAGCACGCCCUUUGUUACCGAGCUGACUGCAACAACUCUUCAUGCAGUGAUCAUGGGUUCUGUGAAGAAAAAAUAAAUAAUUACACAUGCAGGUGCCAUGAAGGAUUUUUUGGACCUAUAUGCCAGUACAAUUUAAAAGAAUCAGCAUGCAGCAUUCUACAUACACCUGCUAAUGGCAGAAUGAACUGCACUCAUCCAUUCGGAAACUUUAACUACAACUCCAGCUGUGAAUUUGACUGUAACAAAGGCUUCAUCAGAAAAGGUGCAGGAACAUUGAGAUGCACAGAAUUCAGAGAGUGGUCUGAUCUGCAGCCCGUGUGUCAAGCAUCAGAAUGCAACAUUCUAUAUGCACCUGCUUAUGGCAGCAUGAACUGCUUUCAUCCAUUUAAAAACUUUAGCUACAACUCCAGCUGUGAUUUUGACUGUAACAAAGGCUUCAUCAGAAAAGGUGUUGGAACAUUGCGAUGCACAGAAUCUGGAAAGUGGUCUGAUCUGCUACCCAAGUGUCAAGUAUCAACAUGCACCAGUCAAACAACACUUGCACAUGGGCGCAUGAACUGCUCUCAUCCAUUUGGAAACUUUAGCUAUAACUCCAGCUGUAAUUUUGAUUGCAAUGAAGGCUUCAUCAGAAAAGGUGCUAAAACACUGCGAUGCACAGAAUUUGGAGAGUGGUCUGGCCAGACACCGGCAUGCCAAGUGUCAGAGUGUACAAGUCUAACCACUCCUAAUCAUGGCAGCAUGAAAUGUUCUCAUCCAUUUGGAAACUUUAGCUACAGCUCCAGCUGUGACUUUGCAUGCAACAAAGGCUUCAUCAGAAAAGGCAAUGGAACUGUGCACUGCACAGAAUCUGGAAAAUGGUCUAAUCUGCAGCCUGAGUGCCAAGCUGUAACGUGCAGCAUUCUGAAGACACUUGAUCAUGGCACCGUGACUUGCUCUCAUCCUUUUGGAAACUUUACCAACAGCACCCUCUGUACAUUUGAAUGCAAAGAAGGCUUUCAUCUAAUUGGGAAUGAUGUCACAGAGUGCACAGUAUCUGGAAAAUGGUCUUUGCCAGUACCCACAUGCCAGAAGUAUGAACAAUCAUUCACUUCUGCUCAAAGUGAAAUUUCUCCUGUCAAGUUCAUGACCCUCUCUGUCAUUGGAGGAACCGCCGCCACUCUUGUGUGUUCGUCUGUGACACUUCUUCUGUUGAUGAUAUACAGAAAAAGAAAGAAGCGUUUUAAUGAAAGAGUGCCGUCUCAAUUUGCUAAUGAGAAGCUUUAUGAAGAAGACUUUGAUGCAGAGUGACAAAAAGAAGUUGUGCAAAGUAAAAGAGGAUGUCAGAGGACAAAUCCACAAUUUAACCAAAUGAAGUAGCCUAUUACAACAAUAAAAACUAAUCUUAUAAGGGGUUUACAAUUAUGUAUUUACGCACCAUAUAUAUUCUAUUAGUGUUUUGGCUUCCAUGCCUCAUGCAGUAUUUCUGUAAUUAACAUCUGCUUAUCACUUAUAAUUUGAUGUAUGUAAUAAAGAGUCAAAGAAUAA